CUAGGUCUAGGCAGCACACCAUGUCACCGUGUUGGUGGCCUGCGGCAAAACGAACGAAGCUUGGCGUCACAGUCAUAAGUAUGAAUCAUAUCUCACGGGCACUCCUCAGGUGCACAGUUGAGGUUCGGCAGAUGACCCGAACCAGAUCUCAACUCUCCAGGUUCACCAGCCUGGGGGAUGGAGCCUGGAGGCAACAAUGCCCGGCCUGAUUGUCGCCCAACUCACGAGUCAAGAGCCAGAUAUUGUUCAUCACGUCAUUCCUUCCUCUGAGCAAUUUCGACCUUUUUCUCAUUGGAUUCUCUGUAAGAGACACUGUCGUGGGGUCGUCCAGCAGCACUCCUCCAGGCCAGUGUCAGCGCCCUGGAAGCCGAAGUUGAACAAGAACCACAACCCUCAUCUCUUCUUUUCAGGAAGGUUCCGGAGACCGACUACAUGGAUUUCGUCGGUUUCAGCAUCAAGAGAACAUGCGACUCGGCGGUCCAUGGCGUCUGUCUACACAUGGGCUAUUGGUCUGGCAUCUCGGCGGUGUUAUCAUUCUGACCUGGCCCCUUCAGAUUGGAUUCCACACUUAAUGUUUUGCCCAGGCAAUUUCUGCGUUGAGUUGGCUUUCUCACGGCCAGGAAGCAAGGUCACAAGCCAACCACAACCCAUCAAAUUCUAAGCAGAUGAACCGUGGGCAACUCAGACAACAGCCGAACAUUUCUUUCGCCAAGUGCGCACAAAACGACGGAAUAGAUGGGGUUGCCACCAUGUGGGCACAACGUGACGAAGAUGAAAAGUGAGUUGGCGACAGUGCAACUCGGCCACACUCAACUCGCAUUCCUCCAAUCUUCUAAGGCAUACAAGGGAUGUCAGCACAUGGGGGCCAUGGGAAACCAGGCUCACUAGCACUCCAUUUG